AUGGGUAAGAUCAUCUUCUACGAGGGCAGGAAUUUUGAGGGACGCCACUAUGAGUGCAGUGGUGACUGCGCUGACAUGCACUCCCACUUCUCCCGAUGUAACUCCAUUCGGGUGGACAAUGGGUGCUGGAUGGCCUAUGAGAAGCCUAACUUUUCUGGGUACCAGUACAUGCUGACAAGGGGGAAGUACCCUGACCACCAUCGCUGGUCCGGCUUCAACGACUGCAUCCGCUCCUGUCGCAUAAUCCCAGCUUACAAUGGAAACUACAGGAUGAAGAUCUUUGAGAGAUCAGACUUUGGGGGAAAGAUGAUGGAGCUGAGCGACGACUGCCCCAACCUGCAGGACCGCUUCCACCGGAGAGACAUUUCCUCCUGCAAUGUUAUGGAGGGGUACUGGAUCCUCCACGAGCACCCAAACUACAGGGGCCAUCAGUACUUCCUGCGCCCUGGCGAGUACAACAAGCACAGCGACUGGGGCAGCAUGAGUUCCACCAUCGGCUCGGUGCGUCGCGUCACAGAGCUGAAGCAAAACAACCAAUAA